CAUAGGAUGGCCCCAUACAGCCACCUGGCCUGGGCUUUUUCCUUCCCUACCUCUCUUAUAUUUUUCAUUGAAUUCAGCUAUUUGGGGUCACAUAGCUAGGUAACAAGCAGGCACUGUAGGGGAACACAGAUGCACAUGUGGUACAGAGCUAUCCAGAGACCACAGAGCAGACUGCAGGACACUGUGGCCUCCCUGGGGAAGCAGCAAUGUUAGAGAUGGUUGGAUACAAGCAAGGAGUAUCUUGAGGGAGGAAGGGGAAUGAUCCUGAGGUAGGAAGGGCCCUCCAGACUGACAGCAGGUUUCCAACAGUAAGAUUCUCAGAUGCUGCUUCCCUCUGGUGGCAGCCAGUUGUCUUGCAACUCAGAGACCACGUGAUUUCGGGGAAAAGGCCCUCCCUGGAAGAGAACUGAAACUUAGGGUGGGGACUGUAGAAAGGGGCGGAGAGAUCCGGAAGCUGACUUGCCAGGAGUUGAGCUGAGGUUGGCUGAGCCCUGGGACAGUCUGCAGAGAGGUUCAGGAUGGCAUCAGGCCGGGCACGCUGCACCCGAAAGCUCCGGAACUGGGUAGUGGAACAAGUGGAAAGCGGGCAGUUUCCAGGAGUGUGCUGGGAUGAUGAGGCCAAGACCAUGUUCCGGAUUCCCUGGAAGCAUGCAGGCAAGCAGGACUUCCGGGAGGAUCAGGAUGCCGCCUUCUUCAAGGCCUGGGCGAUAUUUAAGGGAAAGUACAAGGAGGGGGACACGGAAGGCCCUGCUACCUGGAAGACUCGUCUGCGCUGUGCCCUCAACAAGAGCCCUGAGUUUGAGGAGGUUCCUGAGAAUGGCCAUAGGGAUGGGGCUGAGCCCUACAAGGUGUAUCGGCUGGUACCACCAGGAACCCUCGCCGCUCAGCCAGUGACCCAGAAAUCACCAUCAAAGCGACACCACAGUUCCAUGUCCUCUGAGAGGGAGGAGGAUGAGGUUACUAGGAAGAACUGUACACUCAGCCCCUCCUUGCUCCAGGACCCCCUCAAAAACGAGUUGGUGGAGACCAAUGGGGGAGCAAGCCAUUCAGACUUCGGGAGCAGCAGCGGGAGCGGCAGCAGCAGCAGCAGCCCUGAGCCUCAGGAAGGCAGGGACACAGCUGAGGCCCCUUUCCAAGGAGAUCAGGUGUCCCUGGAGCUUCUGCCCCCUCCAGAUUCAGACUACUCGCUGCUGCUCACCUUCAUCUAUAGUGGGCGCGUGGUGGGUGAGGCCCAGGUGCAGAGCCUGGACUGCCGCCUCGUGGCUGAGCCCUCAGGCUCCCAGUGUGGCAUGGAGCAGGUGAUAUUUCCCAAACCCGGCCCACAAGAGCCCACCCAGCGCCUGCUGAGCCAGCUUAAGAGAGGGGUCCUGGUGGCCAGCAACUCCCGGGGCCUCUUCGUGCAGCGACUUUGCCCCAUCCCCAUCUCCUGGAAUGCACCCCAGGCUCCACCUGGUCCAGGCCCGCACCUGCUGCCCAGCAACGAGUGUGUGGAGCUCUUCAGAACCACCUACUUCUGCAGAGACCUGGCCAGAUACUUGCAGGGCCUGGGUCCCCCACCUAAGUUCCAGGUGACACUGAAUUUUUGGGAGGAGAGCCCCGGCCCCAACCACACCCCACAGAGUCUCAUCACAGUGCAGAUGGAGCAGGCCUUUGCCCGACAUUUACUAGAGACUCCUGAGGAGCAGGCAGCUACCCUGUCCCUGCUGCAGAGCCUGGAGGACCCCCUCUCCUCCUCCCCUCUCUGUUCCUCCUACCUCCUCUGAGAGAGCCCCAACCUCCACGCAGUCGACCAGCUGCCUCCCAUCGUGAUCAUUCUCAUUGGCUGUCUGUGUUGAUUUUGUCGUUGAACUCCUUAUGGAGCCUGGUUGUUGGGAACCCAUGGAUCCUUGUAUUUGUGUGUGUGUGUGUGUAUGUAUUUUUUUUUUAAUUUUGAGAUAUACCCUUUUUGUCUCUGAGGAACUGAGGGGGCCUUUCCCUCUACCCCAAAUUCCAAAACCUAGCACUUUAUAUUUCCUUCUUAGUUCUUUACUAAGGAUUUAAAAUAAAAUUUUAUUGAAAAAGGA